UCGACCGUAACAAUAAAAGCCAUGCGCAGUACCAUCGCAGUCGUCAGCGCUCUCGUAGCGAUCUGCCAAGCCGGCGUCAUCCCCGACGCUGGUCAUGCAGUGUCAUCCCAGAGCAUCAUCCGUCACGACCAGAAUAUCGGAGGUGGAUACGGUGGACUAGUUGCUCAUGCUAGCCCCGUCAUUGCUGCCGCUCCUGUCGUCCACUCUGCUCAACUCGUCCACUCUGCUCCCCUGCUCGUCCACUCUGCCCCCCUCGUGCAGCAGGUCGCCCAUGCCGCUCCUAUCGCCAUCGCCCGCGCUCAACACAUCGAAGAAAGCGCGCCCGCCCACUACGAGUUCUCGUACUCCGUGAACGACCCCCACACCGGCGACCAGAAGUCGCAGCACGAGGCUCGUGAAGGUGACGUCGUCCGCGGCCAGUACUCUCUGCUGCAGCCUGAUGGCGCCGUCCGCACUGUAGAGUACAGCGCUGACGCUCACAGCGGUUUCAACGCUGUCGUCCACAACUCUGCCCCAUCUGCUCACGCCGCGCCCGCCCAAAUCGCUCACGCCGCUCCAGUGUACCAGGCUGUUCACUCCGCCCCCCUUGUUCACUCUGCCCCCCUCGUCCACUCUGCCCCCCUCGUCCACUCCGCCCCCCUGGCCGCAGUCAUUCUCUCCGUGGUAGCCAUGGCAACCGCUGGCCUGAUCGGGUACGGCGGCGGCGAGGGCUACGGGCACGAGGCGGUCGCGUACGCGCCCAUCGCCAGCUACGGAGGCCACGAUGAACAUGUCGACUAUCACGUACACCCCAAGUACGAGUACUCGUACUCCGUGGCGGACCCCCACACCGGCGACCACAAGUCGCAGCACGAGACCAGAGACGGCGACGCCGUGCACGGUUCCUACUCGCUGCUGCAGCCCGACGGCUCCGUGCGCAGCGUGCACUACACCGCCGAUGACCACCACGGAUUCAACGCCGUCGUGGAGAACUCCGCCCCCGCUGUCCAUCCCCACCACAGACACUUUUCCAAAAUCUUAACUUUUGGAGCCAUGUUGGCCGCAGCCAACGCCGGGCUGCUGGGCGGGCACGGCCACGCCGUCUCCUCACAGAGCAUCGUCCGCCACGACGCCGGCCACUACGCCGCGCCGCUGGCCUACGCCGCCCACGCUGCGCCGCUGGCCUACGCCAGCUACGCCGCGCCUGUAGCCUAUGCCGCUCCCGUGGCCCACGCCGCCCCCCUGGCGUACGCCCCUUCUGCCCACUACGCCGCCCACGAUGAGUACGCUCACCCCAAGUACGACUACUCGUACUCCGUGGCGGACCCCCACACCGGCGACCACAAGUCGCAGCACGAGACCAGAGACGGCGACGCCGUGCACGGCUCCUACUCGCUGCUGCAGCCCGACGGCUCCGUGCGCAGCGUGCACUACACCGCCGAUGACCACCACGGAUUCAACGCCGUCGUGGAGAACUCCGCCCCCGCUGUCCAUCCCCACCACGCCCCUGCCUACCAUCAUUAUUGAUUCUUGAUUACCA